AUGAAACAAGAAAGGUCACCAAAUAGAUCUAUUUUUGAGAAUGAGUACUUAAAAAAAGGUUCUUUAAUUCAAAAUGUGGUUGUUUUAUGGGCGUCCAUUUCACCUUCAGCAGUUUUGCUGCUUCCUUCGUGUAUGAAAGAGACUGGAAUUAUUCUUGGGCUUUUAAUCAUGUUCUUCUCGUGUUUUGUACUUUUUAUGACUCAGUUUGUAUUAAUGAAAUCAGCUGCUCUGCUUUCUGCAGACAAUUAUGGAAACACUCUUUUAAAGGCUAUUUUAUAUAAGGAUUCAACCGAUAUAAAAGGACAGGUAAAUAAUGAUAAGGAGAAGGAGAGACUCUCAGUAAAUACUAAAGUUAUUGCACUUUUUGUUAAUCUGCCAAUAUUUUUUGCUAUGGCUAUUACAUUGCCGUGCUUUCUAAUCAUUUGGUGUUCGUGUAUCGAACAACUUAUCCCUCCUAUUUCAACUAAAUUUACAGCAUCAGGUAUUUCGUAUAAUCAAAUAAUACUAAUGGCAUUUUGCGCGGCUGUAAUGUUUCCAUUUUCCCUCAAAAAGGAACUUCAAACGACUAGGCAUAUUAGCUGGCUAUCAUUGAUUGCAGGUUUAUUGUUUGCAAUAACGGUUGUUCAAUAUUAUUUUUACUUUGGAGCAUCAUUAGACCGUGGAAAGGUUGUUUGGUGGAAUGCAGAUAUUAAAUUAUUAUCAUGUAUCAAGAUGCUAACUGUUUCAUGCUUUGCGUUUUCUAACCAUGAAAAUUCUCCCGCUACUGCAUAUGAGCUUUUAAACCCCACAACAAAUAGGAUACUUGCUCUUUCUAGCACAGUUUCGAUCUCGAGUUUUAUAUUGUUUUCGGUGAUUACUGUAUUUUCAUAUUUAACAUUCGGAGAAUCGACAUUACAGAGCGUAGCACUUAAUUAUGACAAUGAAGGUACAUUUCUCAUUUUAUCAAAAGUUUUUUUGAGUAUUUCUAACUUAGUAGCUUGUACUCUUUCACUGCAUGCUGCAAUAUCGUCGUUGUCAAAUAUUAUAAUAAUACUUAAAGGAAACUAUUAUUACGAUUUUGAUAAUAAGCUAUUUAAUCAACCCGUAAAUGAAAUUGGAAUUGCAGGGUACAAUCAGUUUUCACCAAUAGAAACUUUAUGUUCAUCUACAAAUACUUAUAGCCGCUCCUCUAUUUCAAAUACACUUGAUAAUAUCGAGAGGCACAGGUAUUCUCUAGACUUUGCCGAGAAAAAUGCGAGCAUAAGCCCAGAUAUUCCGAAUAUGAUCGAUACUUCCAUUUUAAGUUCUUUGGAAGAUGGUAAGAAUAAGUCUAAUAUUUUAGUUAGUGAUAAGAUCAAAGAUUUGAUUAACCUCGAUGAAGAGAAGAAAUUUUCAGAAAUACAAACUUCAGUGGAUACGAAGGCUAGAGCGGUUAUUGUAUUUUUAUUCCUAAUUUUUUCAAUUUUUUUGGCAACUAAUUUACAGGAUUUGCUUUUACUUGUAGAGGUUGCAACUGGGUUAUUCGAAACUAUAAUCUGCCUAAUUUUCCCGGUUGUAGUGUAUCUGAAGCUAUUCAAACAUGUAUUUGUUUGUGAAAAGUACUUAUCUAGGCCUAUCUUUAUACUUUUUACAUUAAUUUGCUCAUUUGGCUGUUUCACUGCUUCCAUUUCAGCAAUAUUUAGCGUCCAUAGAGCUCAUUAA